UGCAGCGUGGUGGCCAGCAGCAGAAAACGGUCCGCCACCCCAAGUAGCGUUACUUCGCGACGCCGACGCUUCUUAAAACUACGACGUAUUACUACUACUACUAGGUGCCCAUCCUUCAACCAACGUUCCUCUUCAGAGGCGGCCCUUUACGCUCCAGGGAAUUCUGUCUCGUAUUGUGGGUUCCUGAUUCCCAGCUUCAAACACAGGUAGCAAUGCUGGGUCUGAAGCCAUGUUCAGUGUCUCUCCAUCUGAGCCUCCUAUGUGUACUUCCGCUGCAUAUGUGCGUGUUGGCCCUUGGCACAGUAUCAGCCACCCCUGGCACUCCCGAGGCUCCUGAGGAAUCUUCAUCCGGUUCAGGCGGCGAAAUUGAUCUUCUGCCUCACCUUGAAGAAUCAUCUGCGGCCGACAAUUCCGAACUGGAUUUCGUCAAACGACUUUACGACUUCGGUCUGGGGAAGCGUGCUUACAGCUACGUCUCCGAAUACAAGCGACUGCCUGUUUACAACUUCGGCCUUGGGAAAAGAAGCAAAAUGUACGGCUUUGGGCUGGGUAAACGUGCAGGAGCUGACGGCAGGUUGUAUUCCUUUGGUCUCGGCAAACGGGACUACGAAGAUUAUGUCCAAGAAGAAGAACCCGAAGAUGAAGAUGAGGAGAUUGAAGAUCCGGAUGUGGACUUCAUGGAUAAACGCGAGAGGCUGUAUUCGUUUGGUCUAGGGAAGAGGGCCAGACCCUACAGUUUCGGAAUUGGAAAGAGAAGUCCUUCUUCAGGAAUUCAGCGACUCUACGGGUUCGGUCUUGGUAAGAGAGGGGGUUCUUUAUAUAGUUUCGGACUUGGUAAACGUCCUGACGGCCGGCUGUUCUCUUUCGGACUGGGAAAGAGACCUGUCAGUUCUGGAAGACAGUCUGGAAGCCGUUUCAAUUUUGGCCUCGGAAAAAGAUCUGAUGACACUGAUUUCAAGGAAUUUGAAGACGAAAUUGAAGAGGAAGGAAAGCGAGCGUCACAAGGACACAGGUUUGCCUUUGGUCUGGGAAAACGUGAGGUGCUUCCCAGCGAACUGGAGGCAGUAAGGAGUGAAGAACAGGAAAAGGAGACGAGCCACAAGGAUGAAAGUAGGAAGAACGGGACUGCCGAAGGCUAUGACCUCUCUGGAAGAAGAGUGAAACGAAGUCUUCACUAUGCCUUCGGCCUCGGCAAACGAGCGUAUGAUUUGCUGUCAUCAUCACUUGACGGUAACGAAGACGACGAAGAGGCCGACGAAGAGUUCUCAAGACUUGUCCGUCGACCUUACAAUUUUGGCAUCGGUAAACGAAUCCCAAUGUACGAUUUUGGCAUAGGAAAGCGCUCGGAGCAUUAGAAUUUUAUUUCGAUUUCCCCGAAACCAAUCAUUAUCAAACACCAACCGAUAAUUUUCUCCCCUUUCUAUGCCUCUCUAAUAAAAUUAUAGACUCUAAACGUACAUAAAAUAAAGAAACAUAUAAUAUUUUCAAAACAUACAACCCGAAAUCAUUAAUUCUAAAUGAAGCCAUCUACAGUGAAACUACUGCAUUCUAUAAAAGGGCAGAUAGCUAAUCAUUUAACUUGUUAUUAAAAUACAUCAAAGCUUACGUAAUGGUGUAAUCAAUUUGUGUUACCUCCUUAAUGUCUCGCUCACUGGACAAUGUUGCCAAUAGUCAUGUCUUGCUCAGUUGCUAAGGUACCGAGUUGCACAGACUGACAUGAUGAGGCCAACCGACACUCCGCCCAUUCUCUGCAUAAUUGCAGACAAAUCAAAUUGUGAGGCUUGGUACUACAAGGCAAGUCCACAGAGAGAAGAUUUUCGAUCAGAGAUGGCAGUAUACAUUAAGGAUAUUUCAGUGAACUCUUGUUUGCAAAGAUGAUAAUAAAAGCAAAGUUUAUGGACGUAUUUGCGUUUGCAUUCUGUGCAACUGACCUUCCUGUACGCGCAUACACUUCAAUUAUUUACAGUUUUAUGCAUACCAUUGAAUAUUAUGGCCUCUAAGUUUUAUGCAUACCAUUGAAUAUUAUGGCCUCUAUCUUCAAACUACAGAAAGAGUUCUGAAAUUUUCCAAUGCCAUUCCUCAUUACUUUUCCACACGUUUGUGCCAGUGUUCACACUUCUUCACAUAUUUCACUAGUCGACCUAAGUACCCCAUAUUUUAGCCACUGUUCCAAGUCUUAAUUGCAUCCCAAAUUCAUCAUUCAUAUAUUCAAAUUGUUCACAUACUGCUAUUUCAAUAUAAAUUAAAGAGUCCAGUGAAGAACAGCUGUGAAAAAUUGUGAGUCGUAAUUUAGUAACAGAAUAAAUUUCUCUCCAUAUGGCAGCAAUUUCGACAAAGGCAUAUAAUUUAUUUCCCAUUAGAUUUCUUGUUACAUUCUGCAGAAAUACUGCUAUUCAUGUGUAAUCAAAUUUGUGACAUUGGGAACUUAUAAAAUCAUUUUGCAGUGUGCACUUAUAGUUAUCCGUAUGAAAUAUGAAAACCAGUGUUCCCAUUUCUUUAAUGCAGAACCUACACACAGCGCUGUCACACGGUUACAUCUGAAAAAAUACGGAUACAAAACUUGCAAAAAGAUUUCACUCUUCAGCCAUUCAAACUCUCUCUCUCACACACACAGGGAGGGUGCUGUGUUAAGUCAGAUAAGUAGGAACUUUUGCUAACAUUUAAGGUCAGAUUUACAUAAGUUUCGACAAACUUUAAGCAAUUAGAUGAACCAUUAAAGUAUAUUUUGUAUAUAUGUGCACAAUACAAUCCAAAGAGGAACAAAGUGAUACAUAGGCAUACUGUGUAACCUGAAAAAAAAUAGCCAGUAUACAAAUCAUCGUCAGAUGGUACAUGUGUCAUCGCGAAGAACUUACUGUUCAAUUUUAACCAUCGCUGUUUUUCAGAUCAGUUCACAACAUGACGUGGAUCUCGAUGUAAUUCCAGUGAUCGGUAACAAGUGAAUAGAUCUGUUACGUAGCCGAAUUCUUGCUAUACAUAUUAGAAAUAUUUUGAUUUAAAUUUGAAAUUUAUGUUGUUUUUAAUCUACCUAAUUACGUAAAUGGAAACGAAUCCUCAAUAGCAGAAAAGGCAGUGUCUCUGCUGGAAAUAUUUGAAGUGUAUAAUAUUUAUGUUAUACUGGUAAAAAUUUAAAACAGAAUAAAAUGAAUGUACCAACAAAAUUUCGUUUAUAAAAGAUUGAUGAUAUAAAAGAUAGGAUGGUGACAAAAUAUCUGCGUUUGUGGUAACAGUGCACUUUAAAUUUAAGUUUGUAUUGUUGGUGUCCAUGACUCUGACUAACAACUGAAUACGCUAAUAUUUUAAGGCAUAUCGCAAUAUUUAGAAAUCGAGAAAGAUAUUUACUUACUUCAGUCAGUGAAAGUGGCUGUGACUUGCUGCUCCCCGAAAAUUGAAUGCUUACUCGUAUUACAUUCCAGCGCAUUUUCGAUGCUACUUCACAUGAAACAAACAUGCGCGUAUACAAUUCGCCAACAAUCAAUUGGGAGGUAGUUCCUGGAACUACUGAGUACCCAUUGCUGUUUGUCGAAUUCGGUAUUAAAUAUAACACAAAAUAUAAGGAAAAAUAAUAAUGAAAAUGUCACAAACAUAUCUUCGCAUGUAUAAUAUUAUUUCGUUUUUGUGACGCAAAAUAUCCUCUUUAC